ACAACAGCUUCGGGGGGAAACAUAUCAAGUACGGCAUUGCUUCCUGUAGUAGAUUAUUAGCGUCUUGUGUUUUGCCAAAGUAGAUGGAUUAGAAAAGAAAAUAAUACAAAAUAAAUGAUUGGUUUUAGCCAAGAGCCUGCGUUAAUUCAGCUUCAGCAUAUUAUAGUGUUUUCACACACUGUGAAAUGGGAGCAUAUUACUGUGCUAUAUGCAGGCAAACAACAUUCACUGGAAAGGGACACAUUUUCGGAAAAAAUCACCAAAGCAGACUUAGAGUCGUCCUCCUUAAAUUUUUAGAAAAGGUAAAAGAAGCUCGCCGAACACUUAAAAAACCCCAAGUAGAAAAGUUUGACUGCACCCAGCACAAGCAGACCUUCUGGUGCUACUGCUGUGGGCUUGAAAUCGAAAGAAAUGUUACAGACGGCAACAUGACUGUGCUGUACGGAGGCUUGUUAGAACACAUGGCCACCUCAGAACACAAGAGGAAUACUCACAAGUUCUGGUGGGACAAUAAGGCCGAUGCCAAGUUUAGAGACAAGGUCAUCAUCACAGAGGAGGAAACUGAAAGAUUUAAAGCUGAGGUGGAAAAAGCAUUGGAAUCAUUUGUGGAGAAGGAGGAUGAAUUCAUAACACAGCAAGCUGAUCACAUCCGGGCGCAGGAGAAGCAUCGUCAAGAGGUCCUUCAGUCUCUUUUAGAGCGUGAAGCAGAGCCGGAGUUGUUCAAUGGACCCAACGGCACGGAAAUGUCUGCUGAGGAUGCUGUCAGCUCUCAAUUUGCAUCUCAAGGAUCAGAGCAGCAGGCGGGGAGCAGCUUUGUCGAGUCAGUGGUCAAAGCACCGCGAGCUGCAACAGGACAAGGCCUGACUUUCAUAGGCUAUCAGGAUUCAUCAAACAGGGGAAAUGUUCAUACAGGUGCCGUCCCUCCUUGGCUCCAGGACGAUCCUCUGGAGGGGACCUCUGGAGCUGCAGCUCGUCUGGAGAUCGGUCCAUCGCUCCAAGAGUUCCUCAAACAGAAGGAGCAAGAGAAGCUGAGGAAGCUUCCACCGAACAGAGUGGGCGCCAACUUUGACCACAGCUCGCAUACUGACGCCAACUGGCUUCCCUCCUUUGGAAGAGUGUGGAACAGUGGCCGGCGCUGGCAGUCCAGGCACCAAUUCAGACAAGAGGAAGGGCAGACCAACAGACAGAAGAGGAAGAGGGAGCACGGGGCAGACGGGUCAAAGAAAGCAAAAACAACUGUACAGCUGACAAACUCUGACAACCCUUAAAACGGAGUAUGGUGUGUGAGAAUUUAUGAGUGAAGAGAUGUAUAUAGUUUGCAGGAUGUGAAUGGCAUUAUACUAUAUUUCUGAGUAGUUAUGCAUGGCUGACUAGACACCCUACAAUGGCACCCUACCAUGCGCGUGUGUGUGUGUUUGUGUGUGUGCAUAUGAAUGUAUAUGACAAAUUGUAACAGUUUGUAAAGUUUGAAGUAUAGGUUUUAACUUAGUAUAUAAGGCAGGGCCUCUUGGAUUACUAUUAGAAAGUUACCUUUGAUAAUUUGGUUUUGUAUAAAUCUUUAUGGUCCAACAUCACAAUGCUAUUUCUUUU